AUGCGACAAUCAAUUGUCAGCUGGAAUAACAGAGCACUGGCAACCUAUCGUAUGUCGAACGGGUCUCUAGAGUCGAUGAACAUUACGAAACAUGUGCUCAUCGUCAUGGAUGGGAUGAAAGAGUUCACGACGGAGCCGCUUGAAUGGGCCCUUGAGAAUGUAAUCAACGUUGGCUCUACUGUCACUCUUCUUGGUGUCAUGCCAUGGCUUAAUAUUCCCCGUGAUCUCUUCCAAGACAUGGCUGGAUGUUUGGCCGGUGGGACUAGAAGAAUUGUCAUUUGUCAAAGAGAAAAUGAGUGGAAAAGCGAUCUCAAAUAUCUAAAGCUUCAGAAAGUGGUGGACCUUUGCAACAAAUAUGGGGUUUUUCCACAGAAGAAAGUUAUAAUGGGUUAUCCCUCCCGGCUGCUGGUUGUUGAGCAAAUUACAACCCUUCAAGCUACAUGGGUGGUCUUCGAUAGGCAUCAAAAGAAUGAUAGAAAAUUUUAUGCCGGGAAGCUUCCAUGUAACAUGGUGAUGAUGAACGAAGAGGGGGAAGUUGAUAUGAUAAAGGGACGGCCCAUGAUAGAUAGUGACAGCGCCGUUGGAGAGUCACCAGCCUCUUUGCUACCGACUCCGAUGAUCUGUGACCACUUGAAGGGAAUUCUUAAGAAACGAGCACAAGAUCUUCAUCAAGACCCUGAGGAUCAAGAUCGGAAGGACGUGCCAUGA